AUGCAGUGGCUUUACUCGCCCAUCGCGCCGCCCGGCACCCCGAGCGUGUCGGCAGAGCCAAGCAUUCUGGCCGAGCACCUCUACUUCCCCUUUUACGAUUACAUCGUGAAGUUCUUCCCCAAGUGGUGGAUCCCGAAUAAAGUCACCAUCGCCGGCAUCCUCUCCACCGUCGCGGCCUCGCUGCUGAUGCUGAGCUCCAUGCCGCCGGGGUCGAAGUUUCAGCCGGGGAGGGCGGUUGUGCUGCCCGCCUCCCUCGUGGUGGAGGACCCGUCCGUGCCGUGUGUACCACCGCUGGAUCCUACGCAGAUGCAGCCCGUCUUCAGCUUCCUCACGCCCGCCUCGCUGCUGACCCUGUGCGGGUUACUCAACCUGCUGUACUGCGUCGCCGACAACACCGAUGGCCGGCUGGCACGUCGCGACAGGAAAACGAGCGUCAUUGGCGAGUACCUUGACCACGGCCUGGACUGUGUGACGUCGCUGCUGUCGACCAGCUGCGCCUUUGCGCUGCUCUCGUCGCUGACGAACAUGACGACCUCCGUCUGCCUCAUCGCGUUCGUUACUGUCCUGUCGCACACGCUGCACUACGAGGCAAAUAUUUUUAUCUGGGGCAACCGCAUCGCCACGGUGGAUGAGGCGAUGAUCUUCUUCGGCGUGGGGAUGUGGAUUCCUCUUGUUUUCCCCUCCGUCGGCACGGCGGUGGUGCCGGUGGAGUACCUGACGGCCAUCUUUGGUGCGGGGAGCCACUGGGUCGCCUACCUGCGUCCUCUACGCCUCAUUGAUCUGGUGUACAUCUUCUACAGCCUGGCGCAGGCGCAGACCAUCGCGAGCGUGGCGGCGCGGCGGCUGCGUAUGCUGUGCCGCAUUCAUGUCAUCUUCAGUGUUCUGAACAGCGUCGUUUUUCUCGCGUUGAUGGGCGAGCACACCACAUUCCUGGAGAGCUUGCCGGAGACCCAGACAUCCGUGUUUGGGUAUACCCUGGGGCCUUUCACGUACCCCGCCGUGUGGGCCAUCGCGUACGCCUGCACCGCCAGCACGAUUAUUCACAUCCCGAUCAUGGCCAAGUGUGCGCGCCUCCCCCAGCCAGACCCGCUGCCGCUGGUGGGCGUGAUGCUGGUGUGGUGUCUCUUUGUUUCCUAUCCAGUCGCCGGCGUGAUCGCGGCGGCGGUGGUGCACGUGGGGCAGCUGCUGAUCAACGUGCAGCUUAUUGAGUACAACGCCUCCCUUGCGAAAGACAGUGAAGCGCAGAGCUCCCUCAAAGCAGCGUCAAGGAAAUAA